GUGGCUGUGAACAUUUGCCUUUUAAAAUUUGGUGGCUCUUCAUGGUAAUUUUUAAUACAUAACCCGAAGGUCUGCCGAUGCAACUGAAGUAGACCAUUAUAACCAUUGAAAACAACUAAACUGGAUGAUCACGGAAUUCUUCCAUUGGUCGAGAAAACCGCCUCCACGUCUUCUAGCCAAGUCAAGAACUCUCUGGAGAACGGCGGAGGCCGGGUAAAUUCCAGCCUUUCCGCCGCCUGUUUGGGAGGAAGAGGAGGAGGGAGACAGAGCGAGGGUUUGAGGAAACUGAGCUUAAACCGAGCCACUCCACCGGUGAUGUGUGCAAUGGGGUGGUCUCAGGCCUGGAGGAGUCCAAUCAGCAUCUAAGACAGCUAAAUACCCUGGGGUCUCGAGCUUUUUCACAUGAGAGCAUCUUCAUCCCUGAGGAUUCUGUAGAGAAGCCGUGCUCAGAAUUGACCAUGUCUCAAGAGAACGUCUCGGACAAAGUCAGAAACCUACAAAGGCAGAUAGCUCAUAAUAUAAAGUUUGGUCAGAAACCUCCAUCAGUAAGAAAAAGUGAAGGAGAUGAAUGUAGCUCGGAUGAGGAAGAGGUUCCAAAAAGUCCAUUGCAAGUCCUGGCACAAGUGGAGCCAGAGCCACAAGACACUGAAGCCAGGGAAAAAGUUCCAUCUGCUACCCAUGGUGUGGUUCAAUAUAGGACUCCCAUGAAGUCCCCUCGGACAAAGCGGCCUCCUCCUCCUGGUACGAUAGAAUCAAUUAACUUGGACGCUAUUCCUCAGUCUGCACCACGCUUGGACAACACUGCUGCCAAACACAAACUGUCUGUCAAACCCAAAAAUCAGCGAGUGUCACGAAAGCACCGCAGAUUUACGCAGGAGUUUCUGGAGGUGGAUAUUUCAGCAGUCCUGCAGGAAGAGGCAGUUGUUCAGAAACUUGCAGAAGAAACAGGGGGUUGGAGAGAAGGUAAUUCAAGAAGUCACUGGACCAGACAAGAUCAAGAGUUUCCUGAAAAGUCUAAGAAGCAGAGACUUCAUGAAGAAGAGCAGGAACGUCUGAUGCUUCAAAGAAUCCAGGAGCAAGAGAAACACAGAAGGAGAGAUGAAGAAAGAAGAGCAGAAGAGCUGAGAUUGGAACAGGAGACAAUGCGCAGGAAACAGGAAGAAUUUCAGCGGCGGGAGGAAGAGGAGCGAAGGCAGUGCGAAGAAGACCGAAGAAAGGAGGAAGAUGAAAGGAGAAAGUGGGAGGAGGAGCAGCGUUUGAGGGAGGUGGAAGAGAGGAAGAGGCAUGAGGAAGAAGAAAGAAAAAAAAGAGAAGAUGAGAGGAGGAGAGCAGAGGAAGAAAGGAGACAGCAGGAACUAAUAGCUGAGCGCCUACGUCUAGAGGAGGAGAGGAGAAAGAAAGAAUUGGAGGAGCAGAAACAAAAAGAGGAGGAGGAAGCAGAAAAACUACGGCUUUGGGAGCUGGAGGAAAAACAUCGCAGAGAAGAAGCAGCACGCCUUUAUGAAGAACAAAAGCGGCAACAAGAAGAGGAGGCUGAGAUUAAAAGAUUAGCUGAUGAAAAGAAAAGGAAGGAGGAGGAUAAAAGGAAGAGGCAGGUAGAGGAAAUGAAAGCAGCUGAGGAGCACUCAACAUCCUCUGAUCCAGAGUGGAAGAGGAAAGCAGAGGAGCUGCGAUGGAGGGAGAUGGAGGAGAGGCAAAGACCUUUCACCUUCAAAGUGUCUUCAGGUGAAAAGCAAAUCCUCUUUCAGAAGGUCAAUCUAACACCAGUUACCCCGAUACCUGCUCAGCAGGGCGAAACAGCUGCUGAUAUUAGGGAAGGCACACCAGGAGUUCCUGAUUCUCCGACUUUAUCUUCGUCACUCUACGUUCCUCACACUGCUAUAUUAGUGACUGGAGCUCAGCUGUGUGGGACCGCAGUAAAUCUGGAUCAGAUAAAAGACACAGCCUGUAAGUCUCUGCUUGGUCUCUCUGAGGACAAAAAAGCCUUUGGGACACCAGCAGGGAAAAACAAGACCUCACCAGAUCGCAAAUCUGGAAGAACCAAAUCUUUGAAUGAAUCAUCUCUUUCUGUAGAUCAGUCUAGUGCUGCUGUCCUGGCAGAGUGGGCCAGUAUACGAUCCAGGAUUUUUAAAGGUGGCCUAGAUGGAAAAUACCAGGAUUACCCAGACAGACAAGUGCAGAGCCAAACAACAAGUGAGGACAGCAACGAGCCACCAUUCUCCCACACCAACCUCAGGAAGACCAUGUCAGCAAGCGCCAAGUUUUCCAUCACUCCAGCCAGAAAGAAGUUUGCUGACUCAAAUAGAAAUUCUGAGGUCUUCAGUCAAGAUGAGACAGAAGUAGGUAGAGUGGAAAUACCAUCUACAGAUUCUACUCCUAGCAAUCAACUCCAUUCACCUUCCUCUGACAGCAAAGGUCAAAACAAGGGGGGAAAGAUGGUCCGUAUCACAGACAGUACUGAAGAAUGCAAGUUUGCCAAAGACCUCCCUUCCUUUUUGGUUCCAAGUCUGCCACAUGGAUCCCCAAAAGCUUCAAGGUCUGAAACAGUUUUCCUGAGCCAGGUGGAAUCAGAGGACACAGACACCAAGGAUUAUGGGGAUCAGAGAGAGCAGAGUGGUGAUGAGAGGCCCUCACCAUUUGGUAUCAAGCUCAGAAGGACCAACUACUCCCUUCGUUUUCAUAGCGAGCAAUCCACAGAGAGAAGGAAGAAACGGUAUAGUGCAGGUGACAGUUUUGAAGGAGUACCAGUGCCCCUCACCUCUACUGACCAACACUCUGACUCAUCUGCAUUCUCUGAGAAACCCAGUAACACUACUCCAGCUGGGGAGAGUGUAACCAAAUUCCAAGGAAUCUCCAGUAUAGAGUCACGCUCCAGACUUGGUAGAAAUGCUCCGUCUUCAGCAAGUCAUGAACGUGACAAAGUAAUCUUCAAGCCCCCAAUUUAUCAGAAACCAGCCACAUUUUCCAAACCAUCUGAUGGUGCCACACCUCCACCUUCUCCACUACCUAAACCUAAUAGAAGAACAUCUGGAGAAAUGCUGUCCCAUAGGUUAGGUGGACCAGAAUUGGCAGCCUCUGAAGAGCGUGUCGAACAAAAGUCAGCGCCCACAGAAUCCAUGCAGGGUCAUAGGAAUGGUCAGGGGGAUGAUGAGCCAAAAGAAAAAAAGUCCUUCUUUCCAUCCAUCAGCAUUCCAUGGAGGGAGAAAACAGAUCGGAGGGCUGACCUCAUAAGAAAAGAAAAGCCAUCUCUGCAAAGCAGGCAUUCCUUAGACAGCCCACGGACACAGGAGAAGGAACCAGGACCGUUAUGGAUCACCCUGGCUUUGCAGAAACAGAAAGGAUUUAGAGAACAGCAGCAAAGCAGAGAGGAAAGGAAGAACCAGAGAGAAGCUAAGUGGGCUGAGAAACAAGCCAAGGACCGAGAAAGUGGUGGACUAGUGAGCCCUACGGAGGGGAAAGGGAACGGGAACUCCGGUACUCCUAAGGCACAAACCCAGGAGAACAAGAGACCAGACACCUUACUGACUCGCUUUGAACGCCGUGACAACCUAAAGAAGGCCAACACCUUACCAACAUCUGUCACAGUCGAGAUAGCAGACUCAACCCCAUCGCCGCCGGCAGCAAAGGACAUAACAAAGCGCUUCCCACCUAAUGACACUGCACAGGUUUCCACUGAACCAGCUUGGCUUGCUCUUGCCAAGCGUAAAGCCAAAGCAUGGAGCGAUUGCCCGCAGAUCAUCAAGUGAUAUAUUUGGGAAACACGUUUGUAGUCCGCCGUGUCAUUCACAGGGUCAUCAUUUCACCAUACUCAUGUCGGUUCAAGAAAUACCACAUUACCGCACAGCUGCAUUCCUUUUUUUUUUGUGUGUGCCAUUUUCACCCCACAGGAUGAGUAGCAAACGGCAUGUGUUUCUAAAAGACUGACAUACUUGUGGUAUUUAAAAUGAUCCAAAUAGUAAUGGUU